GACGUAGCGAGGCGGUACAUAUAUACACGGUGUUUUCGCAUCAGACUCGACCUCAUUGUGACAAGAUGCAGAUGCUCUUUCCUCUGAUUGUGUUUGUGAUUCUAAUUCUUCUGGACAAUGUUAAAGGUGCUGGGAUUGAUAUUUCUGUGCAGACUGGAGGAGAUUUGCUUCUUAAUGUCACCGUUCUGAAGAAGUUUCACCUUUUUUACUGGCAGUUCAAUUCAAAAGACACAUUAGUGGUGUUUGAUUCCAGUGGCAAACCGACAGUGGAGAAGAACUACACUGGAAGAAUUGAACUUUCUGGAGAUGAAAGAUCUGUGAAAUUAAAGAAUCUACAAAAAUCUGACAGUGGCGUUUACUCUGCAUGGGGUUUAGGAGACAAAAAGGAGCUGCUGGAAGAAUACAACGUUACAGUUAAAGACCAAAAUACGGCUACCACAGUUUUCCUACCGCUUUUUCUCCUCCUACUGUUUCUUCUGCUGCUGUUUCUUCUUCUACUGUUUCUCUACCGCUUUUUCUCCUACUGUUUCUUCUGAUGCUGUUUCUUUUCUACUGUUUCUCCUACCGCUUUUUCUCCUACUGUUUCUUCUGAUGCUGUUUCUUCUUCUACUGUUUCUCCUACUGAUUCUCCUACUGUUUUUCCUACUGCUAUUACUGUUCUUGUCAUCAUUGCUGUUGCUGUUGCUGCUGCUGCUAUUUUGCUGUGGCGUCAUCUGAAGAAGAAAUCCCAAGACCAGAAAGAAGUUGUACUUUUCUCUGCAAACUCUGAAACAAAUUUUCCAAAUGUCCAGAUCCUCCUUCCACCUCCCCAAGAAAACGGAGCCCUCCACCUUCCUGAGUCUGAUCACCUCAUGGAGGAAAACACUGGAGAUUCAGCUGUUUAAAGCUGCAGAGAAAACCACAGACUGUCUCUGUGCUGCACUACAGGCCUCUCUCCAUAGCUUGUGAACAGCAGCAUUAGUUUUCCUGUAACUUUGGGUUUACAUGCCUGGUUGACAGAACUAAUACUCUGUUGUUACUAUAUUUAUGUCAUACAGAAGGUCUGGGUACUUGGUUACUGAGAAACUAUUGCUUCCUGUGUUGAGGACUUAAAUUUUAAUGUUUUCCUUUAAUAUAUGUAACGUGCCAGUUCGAAGCUAUGAAGCUUACCGGAAACAACCUGCGCUGUAGCUAACUCUCCUCCACAGCGAAUACAUAAGAGUUGUUCUGAACAAAGCUGCUGUUAAUUUUAACGUUAAUUUAAUAUUUAAAAGUGUGGCCAACACGGACUGAACGGUUCUGUUUAUUUCCUCCGUUCCUAUUGCUGAAACUACAGACUACAAUUAUCAAACAGUGCAGAAAAUCGACGUCAUUGUUCACAACGUGUCUUUCUAUUCGCUGAUUGGGCCGGAGGAAAACCAGCCGGAAGCAUUUAAAGUGAAGGAGAGAAAUCAGACGGUGCUGGAAGCGAGAUUUCACUUGAGCGUAGUUGAACAGGAAGGAAUUAACCAGGCAAUAAGGGGAGUAGCUGAAGGAAAAAUUGAUGGUCGGGUGCAUUUGAUGGCGACUGUUUCGGACCAAUCAAAAAAUUGCGACACAGAGCUCUACAGAUGAAGGAGUAGCUCAGGGAUGCUCAAUACGUCUAUCACGAUCUACCAGUCGAUCGCAGGAAGGUUUUGAGUUGAUCUCGGCAGCAGGUGACAAACUGAAGGCCUCCAGGACGCUGAGAGCAGAACUUCCUCUUCUGACACUUAUCAAAAUAUUAACCAAGA